GCGGGGCUGGCGGCAGCGCGGCGCUGAUUGGCCGGUGCGGCCGAGGCCCCGGCGCCAGUCCGUAGCCGGCGCCGCGACCUGGGCUGGGAUGUGAGGGGCGGUGGGCGCCGGGUGGCGGCAGCUCCUCUGGGCGGCGGCGGCGACUGCGGCGAGGCCGGGCGGGCGAGGCCUGCGGGCGCCGUAGGCGGCCGGCCGUGUAGGCCGCGGGAUGAGGAAGCGGCUCGAGCCCGUCGCCCUGGAGCAUGAGCGCUGCGCCGCUUCGGGCUCGUCCUCCUCCGGCUCGGCCGCCGCGGCGCUGGACGCCGACUGCCGCCUGAAGCAGAACCUGCGCCUGGCGGGCAAGGGGCCGGCCGAGCCGCGCUGCGCCGCCGACGCGGGCAUGAAGCGGGCGCUGGGCAGGCGAAAGGGCCCGUGGUUCCGACUGAGGAAGAUACUUCUCUGUAUUUUGGGGUUGUACGUUGCCAUUCCGUUUCUCAUCAAACUAUGUCCUGGGAUACAGGCCAAACUGAUUUUCUUGAAUUUCGUGAGGGUUCCCUAUUUCAUUGACUUGAAAAAACCACAGGAUCAAGGUUUGAAUCACACCUGUAAUUACUACCUCCAGCCAGAGGAAGACGUGACCAUUGGAGUCUGGCACACUGUCCCCGCCGUCUGGUGGAAGAACGCCCAAGGGAAGGACCAGAUGUGGUACGAGGAUGCCUUGGCUUCCAGCCAGCCUAUCAUCCUGUACCUGCACGGGAAUGCGGGCACCAGAGGCGGCGACCACCGGGUGGAGCUCUACAAGGUGCUGAGUUCCCUUGGUUACCACGUGGUCACCUUUGACUACAGAGGUUGGGGCGACUCAGUAGGAACGCCAUCGGAGCGGGGCAUGACCUAUGACGCACUCCAUGUUUUUGACUGGAUCAAAGCAAGAAGUGGAGACAAUCCUGUAUAUAUUUGGGGCCAUUCCCUAGGCACUGGAGUGGCUACAAAUCUGGUACGGCGCCUCUGUGAGCGAGAGACGCCUCCAGAGGCCCUUAUAUUGGAGUCUCCAUUCACUAAUAUCCGUGAAGAAGCAAAGAGCCAUCCGUUCUCAGUGAUAUAUCGAUACUUCCCUGGGUUUGACUGGUUCUUCCUGGAUCCCAUUACAAGCAGUGGAAUUAAAUUUGCAAAUGAUGAAAAUGUGAAGCACAUCUCCUGCUCCCUGCUCAUCCUGCAUGCCGAGGACGACCCGGUUGUGCCCUUCCAGCUCGGCAGAAAGCUCUACAACAUCGCUGCACCAUCCCGAAGCUUCCGAGACUUCAAAGUUCAGUUUAUCCCCUUUCACUCAGACCUCGGCUACAGGCACAAGUACAUCUACAAGAGCCCUGAGCUUCCACGGAUACUGAGGGAAUUCCUGGGGAAGUCGGAACCUGAGCGCCAGCACUGAAUCUCGCUGCUGAAGGAGCGUGAAGACCUCUGCCCUCCUCCCCCUUUCCUCUAGCCAGCCUGGCACCCUACAGCCCCGGGGGUGCCAGCAUCUGCGAUGCACCUGGAGAGAGGCCUCGGAUGCCAGCUAUGGUGGGCUGAGGAGGCCCCAGCAGACCUGAGGCGUCCUGCCCCAGUGCCUGGGAACAUGGAUCUUUGUGAAAGACACAGGUGGCAGGCAUGUGGCCCUCUCUCCCUCUUGCUGCCACUCAACCUGAGCCCUUGUUGGGAAGACAGUGACAGCAGGCCAGCCACCGUGGCUGGUUGAUCCCACACUGCCUGAGCUGGGCAUGGGGAGCCU